AGUAACUACCUGUAUGUAAAAGAGAAAGAUCCUUUUCCAGAAAAAAAAAAAAAAAAAGUUGUCCCUCGUCAGAAGUUGACAAAGCCGACCCCGUUGGCCAGCAAUCAACAGUUUCAGUUUCAGUUUCACGACUCUCUUUGGGAUUUCCGUUCUUUACUCCUUGCAUCUAUCCUUCCUCAAACUUUGUAUUUCCCUCCAUUUGAAUUCCACUUUCUCUCUGUUCCUGGACGUCCAAACAAUGGAGAGCUUAGCCCUCCACUCCUUCUCCGCUGCCACGACCACUUCCUUCUCACUUACCUCCCGCACUUCCCUCUACCACCGCUCUAAACCCAUCUCCAAAUCACCCCAACCGUCCAUUUUCCCCUCCUCUUCAUUCCCCACCCUCCGAUCCCCUCUCAAGCCCCUCUUGUUUUCCCCACUUCCCACACAACCCAAGCCCCUCCUUUCCCUUAUCUGCGCCAUAUCUCAAAACGACAAUAACCCAUCCUCCGAAACGACAUCCCCAUCUCCAUCCCCUCUUCCUCAAGGAGCCAAACUCAUUCCUCUCUUUAUCUCAAUUUCCGUAGGCCUCAUUGUUGGUUUCCUGGUCCCCAAACCCGUCGAAGUAACCCAACAAGCCUGGCAACUCCUCGCCAUAUUUUUAUCCACAAUUGCCGGUCUCGUCUUAAGCCCCUUACCCGUUGGGGCAUGGGCUUUUUUAAGCCUCACAACUUCCGUCGUCACCAGAACGCUGCCGUUUACAACCGCCUUCAGUGCCUUCACCAACGAAGUCAUUUGGUUGAUUGUCAUCUCCUUCUUUUUCGCUCGUGGGUUCGUUAAAACGGGGCUUGGUGAUAGGAUCGCUACUUAUUUCGUGAAAUGGUUGGGAAAAAGCACGUUGGGAUUGUCUUAUGGGCUCACUUUGAGUGAGGCAUUGAUUGCACCGGCGAUGCCUAGUACUACUGCAAGAGCUGGUGGAAUUUUCUUGCCCAUCAUCAAGUCGUUGUCUCUGUCUGCUGGGAGUCGGCCUGGGGAUUCGUCAUCUCGGAAGCUUGGCAGUUAUCUAAUUCAAUCGCAGUUUCAGUCUAGUGGCAACUCUAGUGCUCUUUUCCUGACCGCUGCAGCUCAAAAUUUGCUAUGCCUCAAAUUAGCAGAGGAGCUUGGAAUUAUAAUUUCAAGUCCUUGGGUUUCGUGGUUUAAGGCUGCUAGUUUACCGGCACUUGUUUCUCUACUGCUUACUCCGCUUAUUUUGUACAAGCUUUUUCCUCCCGAAAUCAAAGAUACGCCAGAUGCCCCUGCAAUGGCAGCAAAGAAACUAGAGCACAUGGGUCCUGUCUCAAGAAAUGAAUGGAUCAUGGUUGGAACAAUGCUUCUUGCAGUUACUCUAUGGGUCUGUGGUGAGACUCUCAAUAUACCAAGUGUUGUAGCUGCAAUGAUUGGUUUGUCAAUACUCCUUCUGUUAGGAGUGCUUGACUGGGAUGACUGCUUAAGUGAAAAAUCAGCAUGGGAUACAUUGGCUUGGUUUGCUGUACUGGUAGGCAUGGCAGGCCAAUUAACAAACCUUGGGAUAGUGAGCUGGAUGUCUGGCUGUGUAGCUAAGAUCCUUCAAUUGCUUUCUUUGAGCUGGUCUGCUGCAUUUGUUGUUCUUCAGACAUCCUACUUUUUCAUCCACUACCUAUUUGCAAGUCAAACUGGUCAUGUAGGAGCAUUAUACUCUGCUUUUCUUGCCAUGCACUUGGCGGCUGGAGUGCCUGGUGUAUUAGCAGCAUUGGCUCUUGCUUACAACACCAAUCUUUUUGGUGCCCUAACACAUUAUAGCAGUGGUCAGGCUGCUGUCUACUAUGGAGCCGGAUAUGUGGACCUACCUGACGUAUUCAAAGUGGGUUUUAUAAUGGCCUUUAUUAAUGCCAUGGUUUGGGGAGUUGUUGGAGCUUUCUGGUGGAAAUUUUUGGGCCUCUACUGAUUCAAUUACCCUGUAAGUUUAAUUCUUCCGUGCUGUAAGAAGUCAGGUUUUGUGGAACAAUUGAGCUCAAUUUAAAAGAAAAUUUUCAUAGUUAUAGAUUUGGCUCUUUUUUGUCUUCUCUUUUUAUGUUUUUACUGUUUAUAUUGCUUAUUCAGCAGGUUUAUAUCGCUUAUUCAAAUAUGAUUUGAUUUUUUUAGAGAUGCAUUCAUUUUCUUUAGAAUCCAUCACUGCUGCCCUUUCAUGAAUUCUGUGUUUAUGUUGCUUGAGAUGCAAACUGUACAUUCCCUGUUCUGCUAUAAAGCCUUACCUGCCAGCUAGGUUUGCUGAUUUAGGGAAACUCCAAGUCUGACAGUGUGAAGAAAUUGCUGGUCUAUUGCCAUAUCUGAAUUUAAUGAAAAAGAAAGUGAUCAUUUAUCUGGAAAAUUAUCAGGAAAAAGAAACUAUACUUUUAUUCCCAUAUAUGAUGAUGGUUUGGGUUCUGUAUGAGAUCAUAUUCAUAUAGUGUAUAUGUUUGUUAUGGUUGCACAUGACACGGGCAUAUAAAAAACCCAUGAUAACUAUACCAUAUAACAUAUAUUAAAAAGAAAAAGAAUUAUUCUUUAUCAUCUCUUAAAGACUUUUCUAAGCAAAGCCCAAAAACUAACGAGGUCACAGAGUCGGAGGAGCAGUUUUCCUUUUUUUCCUUGCGUUAGUCAAGUAAAGAUGUCUCGUGUCAUAUGGACGAAUAGAUGGAAGUCUUCCUUACCGCUGCUGUUAAAUUAAGCGGGAACAAGGGCAGCUAGCAGUAUUUUGCAAGCAAAUAAAUCCAGCUAAUGCAUGUAAAAUUAAAAAAAAAAAAAGG